CCAAAGCCUUCACGACCAGGACUUCCGCCUCUGACCCUGAACCCCGCCCAGCGCAAAUAAGCCCCGUCCAGCAAGACGUUGGAUACGCUGUGUGUGUCUCCUCAGCGCCCGUAGUUCUUGAACUUUAACCCCUCUUUUGGGCCGGUGCUGUGGGUUAGCACGCAUGCGUUGUUGCUUUGAAUGGCGAGCGCCCUUAUUCUGGCAGCGACUGCAGGAGUGGUUGCAGUGCUCCUGGCACUGCGGUUAUGGGUCGUGCUUCAUUCCCGGGUCGUUGUGCCCCGGGAAUCUCUCAGUCUCAUGGCGGUAGUCGGAUCCGGUGGGCACACCACUGAGAUCCUGAGGCUGCUUGAGCAUUUGUCCAGUGCUUACUCCCCUAGACAUUACAUCAUUGCUGACACUGAUGAAAUGAGUGCCCAGAAAAUAAGUUCUUUUGAAUUAUAUCGAGCUGAUAGAGACCCCAGUACCAUGUUUCCCAAAUAUUAUAUCCAUCGUAUUCCCAGAAGUCGUGAGGUUCAGCAGUCCUGGCUGUCCACAGUGCUCUCUACCUUGUAUGCCUCGUGGCUCUCCUUUCCCCUGACUUACCGAGUGAAGCCUGAUUUGGUGUUGUGUAACGGACCAGGAACAUGUGUUCCUAUCUGUGUAUCUGCCCUUCUCCUUGGGAUACUAGGAAUAAAGAAAGUGAUCAUUGUCUACGUGGAAAGCAUCUGCCGAGUAGAACAUUUAUCCCUGUCCGGAAAGAUUCUCUUUCACCUCUCCGAUUACUUCAUUGUUCAGUGGCCGACUCUUAAGGAGAAAUAUCCCAAAUCUGUGUACCUUGGGCGAAUUGUUUAAUGAAUGACAAUUUACUUCUUUAGAAUUCUGCAGUUAACAAUAUUUAUUGUAAGUGGGGAGAAAAACCACGUUUCUUGUAAAGGCUUAUCAAAGUCCUGAGGAUUGUUGGUAGUCAAGAAUAAAAUAUGUAAAUAACCCAGUGAAAUAACUUUAAAAUAAACAUUAAUAAACCAUGAAGUAUUUAUGCCUCUGUGCACCAAAUUUGUAUAUAAAAGUAUCUAUCACUGCCUGCAAGUUAUAUUCUGACUUGUUUUAGUUAUAUUUUUCUAGAACUAAAUACAGGAUCUGUAUGAUUGGUAAAAUUUCCUGGGUGUUUUUUUUUUUUUCUUCAGUAUUCUGCAAUGUAAAAAGAAAAAGAAAGGUGUUUCUUAGUUUUUGUUCUAAUACACAGACUUUAUUUCCUAUGUGGAAGCAGGGAAAUCCCUAGUGAGUCCUUUCAGCAUAAAGGAAACAGUUAUAUUAAAUUGGCUUCAUGACAAUUUACACUCCACAUAUUUCCAAAACCUUGAGGAUAAACCAGUGUCUUUUUUAAUUCUUCAGUUUUGCUUUGUGAGUAGUUGGCCUUAAUCUAGACUAUCUUUUUAAAAUCUCUUGUUUAAUUGUUAAAUUAAAAGGUAACCAUUGCCAUAUUAAUAAC